AUGCGUCUCCAAUUAUCUAUCAAAGCCGAACUGGAAAAUGUCACUAGCUUGGAACCAGCUGCCAAUGAUUUUGAGUUCUUCUUCCAGGUGAAGUGCAACAGCUGCAACGAAACUCACCCUAAAUUUGUCUCCCUGAAUCGUCUUGAGGAACGCGAAGUAUCUGGAGGAAAAGGAAGCACUGCACACUUCGUAUGGAAAUGUGGCCUGUGCAAAAGAGAAAGUUCUGCUAAAUUUGAGCCUACCCCAUUCACACCCUACACCGCAGAAAAUGCCCAAUUCCAACCAUUGCUUGUGCUUGAAUGUCGAGGAUUAGAGUUCGUCGGAUUUGAUCCUCGAGGAACAUGGAAGUGCGUAGGCACCACUGGGACUAAGUUUCCCGAGGUCGAUUUGGUAGAAGGAGAGUGGAAUGAUUAUGAUGAAAAGGCGGCCCUUCCGGUUGGUAUUUCAGAAUUCGGAAGCCGAUGGGAUAGGGCAUGA